UCUUAAUCACAUCACUCAACAACGAGAUAACAUAAAGAAACAGUAUGAUGUGUGGAGAAAGAAGAGGUAAGAAUAAUUAUCUUUUAUCUUGCAUAAUGACAUAGAAAUAGUUCUAACUGGUAUUUUCAUAUUAGGCUGGAUGAGUUCAUGGUAGGAUUCAAUACAAUAUUUCUGAAAUUAAAAGAGAUGUAUCGGGUUCUUAUUUUUCUCCCCUAUUUGAGUAAUUGUAUAUCGACACAACUUGUCUGCCUGCACAUGUCUGCAUAGGUUCAUGACAAUAUACUCAACUCUCUUUGUUUCUCUUUAAUAGGUGAUUUGAUCUUUCCAUAUUAAUAAACUUCUUCUUGAUGCAUGGUUAGCCCUAACCGUUCUGGAUGAUGACAGUGCUCCCACAUCUCUUGCCUUGACUAGUCCAUCUUCCAAUUACCUUGACUUUUCAAUCACUGGGCUCUGCUUUUUGUGCGCUUGUAAAAAACUAGCUUCCAAACUAUAUCCGGUGCUGAGCGCCUGUAGUACUUUUCCUUCUGAUCCUUAUCUUAGAGUAAACAGAUGUUCACACUAGGAGGUGAUGCAGAACUUGAAUUGGUCGACUCUUUGGAUCCCUUCUCUGAAGGUGUGGUCUUCAGUGUCAGGCCACCAAAGAAAAGCUGGAAGAAUAUUGCUAACUUAUCUGGCGGUGAAAAGACUCCCAGCUCAUUAGCUCUUGUCUGUGCCCUUCAUCACCCCAAACCCACUCCGCUUAUGCGAUGGAUGAAAUCGAUGCCACUCGAGACUUCAAAAAUGUUUCUAUUUGUGGGACACUAUGUGAAAGAUCGAACAAAGGACGCCCAAUUCAUUAUUAUAAGCCUCAGAAAAAACAUGUUUGAGCUUGCGGAUUGACUUCUGGGAAUAUACAAAACUGAGAACUGCACUAAGAGCAUUACAAUCAAUCGUGGGAGUUUAGUGGUGCGUGAAGAUUUUGCCUGAUUCGUCAGUUAAAAUAUUUUGAGUAAGCAUGAUGUUCUCUUUCAUGACUGCUUUUUUCAAUAAAGUUCUUGCUAACUUGCGUAGCUUGCCAUCCUCAGUGGCCUAUAAUGUGAUGAAUUUGCUUGCUACUUACGUAUAGUACAAGAUUGGUUGUCCCUAAUGUAAGAGCUGAGGUUUUGAAUCUCUCUCUCUCUCUCUCUCUCUCUCUCUCUCUCUAUUGUCAUAGUUGUUA